UACAAAAACUAGGUAAACAACAUGCGAAUUUGUACGUUACCAUCUCUGAUUCGGAAUUUUAGUGCCGUUAAAAUGUCUUCCAGAGAAGAAUCGAAAGAAAUUAAUAAAAAUAAUUUUAAAAAUGCUAAAGUGAAGAGGCCAUUAGGAGACUUAAAGCUAAAUAUAAUACAUUCAGAUGUACCUCCUGGAUCAUCAAAAAAUGAGAUUUGCAAAAAUGAGAUGAAAAGUAUAAUAAAAUUACCGAAUAAACGACCACGAUCCGCAAAUUCUAUUGGACAAGUUGAAAAAUUUAACUUUGAUAUAUUAGAAGAUAAAAAUAAUGAAAAUACAUUGAAAACUAAGAAAAUAGAAGGGGCUAUUAAGAAAAUUGGAAAAGUAAAUAUAAUACAUUCAGAUGUACCUCCUGGAUCAUCAAAAAAUGAGACUGAUAGCAAUGAAAAGGACAAAACAUUUAAAAAUAAUCUCAAAUACUUAUGCAAAAAAGAGAUGAAAAGUAUAAUAAAAUUACCGAAUAAACGACCACAAUCCGCCAAUUCUAUUGGACAAGUUGAAAAAUUUACCUUUGAUAUAUUGGAAGAUAAAAAUAAUGAAAAUACAUUGGAAACUAAGAAAAUAGAAGGGGCUAAUAAGAAAAUUGGAAAAGUAUCUGUAAUUGACAAAGAAAACAAACCGAAAAACGUCAUUUUAAUGGAAAACGCAUGCACAGAAAGGCGUUUAAUCCGACAGAGGAGCGAAUUGGAAGAUACGGUUUGUUAUAGGCAAAGACUGCGCUCAGAAGGAUCUCUUACGAAGUCUGUAGUUGACUAUAAACCCUUUAAAGUCGCAUGUCGAAAACCCAUCAGGGCCCCUGUUAUGGAUAAUAUCGUAAGAAUACACACCAGAAGAGUAUCACCGAUUCGCCCUAAUCCAUUAUCUAGUGAAAGUGUUCUAAUCAGCAAAGUAAUUGGAACACCGAUGUUGCCACGCUGCGACGUAUCUGUAAUUGACAAAGAAAACAAACCGAAAAACGUCAUUUUAAUGGAAAACGCAUGCACAGAAAGGCGUUUAAUCAGACAGAGGAGCGAAUUGGAAGAUAUGGUUUGUUAUAGGCAAAAACUGCGCUCAGAAGGAUCUCUCACGAAGUCUGUCGUUGACUAUAAACCCUUUAACGACGCAUGUCGAAAACCUAUCAGAGCCCCUGUUAUGGAUAAUAUCGUAAGAAUACACACCAGAAGAGUAUCACCGAUUCGCCCUAAUCCACUAUCUAGUGAAAGCGUACUAAUCAGCAAAGUAAUUGGAACACCGAUGUCGCCACGCUGCGACGUAUCUGUAAUUGACAAAGAAAACAAACCGAAAAACGUCAUUUUAAUGGAAAACGCAUGCACAGAAAGGCGUUUAAUCAGACAGAGGAGCGAAUUGGAAGAUAUGGUUUGUUAUAGGCAAAAACUGCGCUCAGAAGGAUCUCUUACGAAGUCUGCCGUUGACUAUAAACCCUUUAACGUCGCAUGUCGAAAACCUAUCAGGGCCCCUUUUAUGGAUAAUAUCGUAAGAAUACACACCAGAAGAGUAUCACCGAUUCGCCCUAAUCCACUAUCUAGUGAAAGCGUACUAAUCAGCAAAGUAAUUGGAACACCGAUGUCGCCACGCUGCGACGAGUAUUUUCCAUCUUGCGAUUGUGAGUUUACCAAAGACAUGUUACAAGAAAUAAUAGAAGUCGGAAAAAUUCAAGAAAAAAAAAUUCUUCUAUCGAAACAUUUUUUAAACCUUUUUGGUCACGAUGCAAAUGAUAGGAGCAAAAUUGUAAAUUGGAUGUUAUGGGAACAGCAGAAUUGCAUGUUUCUUGACAGUGAUUUAUACAUAGCUGUAAGCUUGCUGGAUCAAGUUUUAGCUAGAAUAGCUGUACCAAGAAAUAUGUACCAGUUAGUAGCAAUGGCUUGUAUUAGAUUAUCUAACAAGCUCGGCGAAGAUGACAUAUGGAGCCCUGACUUACUUAAAACGCCAGACAACAUUUUUGCCGAAACUCAACUAUCUAAAAUGGAAUGGAAAUUAUUCAAGUUAUUAGAUUUUUCCGUACAUACCAUAGAACCAAGUGUUUAUGUAAAUGCAUAUUUGAAAUUGGCGAAUCUUGAUCCUGAAUCGGGAAAAUAUUUCAAGAUCCUUUUCUGUCUGGACCAUGCCCUUCACGAGUCAAGUUAUUCGUCGACGCCUACAAGUCUGGUCGCCUUGGCCGCCAUGUCCGUGGCGUCCAAAACCUUCAAAACCCCCGAUUUGGAGAAAAUAAUAAAAGACUUAAAGGAUGGAUUAAAAGCUGAUGAAGUCACAUUAUGUUCUACUAUGGAAAAAUUAAUAGUGGGUCAUAUUCACAGGCUUAAUCUUUCCAAGGAUAGCUUCGACAUUUUAAUGAAAUAUAGAAAUUGUGCAUGGAAUCAGGAGAAUCAAUGA